AUGGUUUUCCUAAUGGAUUUCAUCAAAAAUUUUAAGCCAAUUGAUGCCAAACUAAAGGAAUUGUUUGAUGCAGACCCCCAGAGGUUCCAAAAGUACAGUUCAUUAUGCCAUAGCAUUCAGUUAGAAUUUAGCGAAGGGAACCUUCUUGUUGAUUAUUCAAAGAAUUUUCUUGAUACACCCACGAUGCAGAAAUUGGUUGAGCUUGCCAAAGCUUCACGUGUUGAGGAAAUGCGUGAUGCCAUGUUUAGAGGUGAAAAGAUCAACUUCACCGAAAAUCGCGCUGUGUUGCACAUCGCCCUUAGAAAUAGAUCUAACUCACCUAUUGUCGUGGAUGGCCAAGAUGUUAUGCCUGACGUCAAUAGAGUUUUGAAGCAAAUGCGCAAUUUUGCUGACGGUGUACUUGUUGGAAAAAUUAAAGGCUUUACAGGGAAGGCCUUUACAGAUGUUGUUAACAUCGGUAUUGGUGGUUCGGACUUGGGGCCGGUCAUGGCUACGAAUUGUUUAAAGCCCUAUGCCACAAAUCUGAAUGUUCACUUUGUAUCUAAUAUUGAUGGGACCCAUAUAUCAGAGACACUGAAACUCGUUCGUCCAGAGACAACUCUCUUUAUUAUUGCUUCAAAGACAUUCACUACCGCAGAAACCAUGACAAAUGCACGUUAUGCAAAGGAUUGGUUUUUGGAACAAAUGAAAGAUCCUCAAGCUGUUGCCCACCAUUUUGUUGCUUUGUCAACUAACACCAAAGCCGUAAAGGAGUUCGGGAUCAACGAGGAAAACAUGUUUGAAUUCUGGGAUUGGGUUGGUGGUCGAUAUUCCAUGUGGUCAGCUAUAGGACUGUCUAUUGCUCUUUAUAUUGGAAUGGACAACUUUGAGCGGCUCCUUGAAGGUGCCCAUGCUAUGGACAAGCACUUUAAGGAGGCCCCAAUUGAAAGAAAUAUCCCUAUUCUUCUGGGUCUGAUUGGUGUAAUGUAUAUAAAUGUGUACAACGCAGAAACGCAGGCCAUAUUGCCCUACGACCAGUACAUGAACCGCUUCCCUGCCUACUUCCAGCAGGGUGACAUGGAGUCGAAUGGCAAGUAUGUUGCCCGUGAUGGCGUCGCCGUUUCCUACAACACUGGGCCCAUCGUGUGGGGUGAGCCUGGCACUAAUGGCCAGCAUGCCUUUUACCAACUCAUUCAUCAAGGUACUCGCAUGAUCCCCUGCGACUUCCUCGCCCCUGUUCGCUCUAAGAAUCCCAUCAAGGGUGGCGAGUUUCACGAGAUUCUACUUUCCAACUUCCUGGCCCAGACUGAAGCUCUGAUGAUCGGCAAGUCGCCGGAACAAGUUCGCAAAGAGCUUUCUGCUCAAGGCUUUUCCGGCGAAAAGCUGGAGAUGCUCGUGAAGCACAAGACCUUCCGAGGAAACAAGCCCACCAACUCAAUACUCUUUAGUGAACUCAACCCCUUCAUGCUUGGUGUUCUCGUGGCGAUGUAUGAGCACAAGAUCUUCACGCAGGGCAUCAUAUGGAACAUUAAUUCUUACGACCAAUGGGGUGUUGAGUUGGGGAAGGAAUUGGCAAAGAAGCUUCAGCCAGAACUUCACUCGGACAAGGUGAUAACCUCCCAUGACGCCUCAACAAAUGGCCUCAUUGCCUUCAUUAAAAACAACAAAAAGUCUACCUAG